AUGGGUGGCGCGCUGCUGCUCGCGCUGCUAGCGGCGGCGCGGGCCGGCGAGCCCAACGUGACCGACUUCACCACCUCUGAAACUGAAAUUGAAGUCGAGAAGACUCCACUCUUCCCCGAGGACCUCUUCACCGACGAAGAACGCCGCUCCGGCGCCGUCAUAUUGCACGUGAUAGGCAUGGGCUACAUGUUCGUCGCUCUCGCGAUCGUCUGCGAUGAGUUCUUCGUGCCCGCGCUGGACGUGAUCAUCGAGCGGCUCGCGAUACGGGACGACGUCGCCGGGGCCACCUUCAUGGCGGCCGGCGGCUCAGCCCCCGAGCUUUUCACGUCCAUUAUCGGCGUGUUUGUGUCGUUCGACGACGUCGGCAUCGGGACGAUCGUUGGCUCCGCCGUGUUCAACAUAUUGUUCGUUAUCGGUGCUUGCGCGCUGUUCUCGCGCACGACGUUGUCCCUCACAUGGUGGCCACUCUUCCGCGACUGCACCUUUUACUCCAUCAGCCUCCUAGUGUUGAUAUACUGUUUCCGUGAUAACGUUAUAUACUGGCAGGAGGCGUUGGUACUGUUCUCGUUGUACGGAGCGUACGUGUUGUUCAUGAGAUGGAACCAGCCGGUCGAGAGAGCGCUGAAGAAGCUGAUAUACAAAAACAAGGUGACGAGAGUCAGGAGUACUGAUCAGCUGAUGCCUACGCACCAGACAGCCGCUCAAACUCUGCAUGGGAACGCGACAACGUCGAGCGAGACGUCAGUGGGAACAAACACGGCGACAGUCACCGCGACACCGGGGCCGAGCAAAGCUCCGCCACCUGCCGCCAAGUUCCGUCAUGGCCUUCUUCAGCUCAUGAUACACACGAUCGAUCCCAUGCACGACGGUGAGUUAGGUAAAGUAGACGAGAAGGCAACGCAGCUGCACGCGAUCGCCUCGCUUAAGGUGCUACUGGAGGCCACAAGGCCGACGGCUGGAGGCGCUGGCGCUGCAGCGGCGAGGAACUCUGCGGCCGCCGCGCAAGCUAAGGAAACGCCCCUCGACCUUCCUAAUGGAGGUCUAGCGGACGUCCAGUUAGAUGCUAUAGAAGAGAUUGGAGACUUGGAGGACGACACGACGCCGCUGGAUAUGUCGUGGCCUUCAGGUUUCCGCAAGCGACUCACGUAUUUGUUGGUCGCACCCAUUGUCUUCCCAUUAUGGAUGACCCUCCCGGACACAAGGACUCCGAGAGGAAAAAAACUUUUCCCUUUAACAUUUAUAGGGUCUAUAGUUUGGAUAGCAUUUUUCUCCUACCUCAUGGUGUGGUGGGCAAAUCUGGUGGGAGCGGCGGCCUACAUACCCCCUGAGGUGAUGGGGCUAACGCUCCUUGCUGCGGGUACUUCGGUGCCAGAUCUGAUCACCUCAGUUAUCGUCGCAAGAAAAGGUUUCGGCGACAUGGCCGUCUCGAGCUCAGUGGGCAGCAAUAUUUUCGAUGUUACUGUUGGGUUACCUCUGCCUUGGCUGCUCUAUGGUUUGAUAUACGGAGAACCUGUCCAAGUUAACUCGAAGGGCAUGGUCUGCAGCAUCGUACUGCUCUUCGCCAUGUUGAUCUUCGUCAUCAUCAGCAUAGCGUGCUUCAGGUGGAAAAUGAACAAGGGUCUCGGUUUCACCAUGUUCCUGCUUUACUUUGUCUUCGUUGCCGUCAGCCUGGGCCUCGAGUAUGGCUACCUACAUUGCCCUAGCGAGUAGAUCAAAAACAUUCAAGUAAACGUUACGUUUUCGAGAACAGUUACAAGUUUUUUGGACAGUAAAACCUUUUUAGUGACACAUAAAAAAAUGUUCUAUCCAUAAAAAAAUAAAUGUAAAUGACAUUUCUCUUCCAUUAAGGUAACUCAGAUUCUGACUAUAAAUACGAAAUUUCCUCAUCUCAUAAAUCAAAAUAAAUUUUGGGACUAAAAACAACA